GAGCCCGGGAGCAGGAAGAUGUCGAAUGAACUUGAUUUUAGGUCUGUGAGGCUGCUAAAGAAUGAACCUGUCAACUUUCAGAAGUUUCCUUAUACUAAUGAGGAUGAGGCCUGGAAGACCUACUUGGAAAACCCUUUGACAGCUGCCACAAAGGCCAUGAUGAGAGUCAACGGGGAUGAUGACAGCGUUGCAGCCCUGAGCUUCCUCUAUGAUUACUACAUGGGCCCCAAGGAGAAGCGGAUACUGUCCUCCAGCACAGGAGGCCGGAACGACCAAGGAAAGAGGUACUACCACGGCAUGGACUAUGAGAUGGACCUCUCCCCCCUUGAAAGUCCCACACAUCUCAUGAAAUUCCUGACAGAGAACGUGUCAGCCACCCCAGAAUACCCAGAUGUGCUCAAGAAGAAUAACUUGAUGAGCUUGGAGGGGACUGUGCCCUCUCAGGGCAAGGUGGCCCCCCUCCCACCGGGUACCAGCAAGUUGGAAGCUGGCUCCGUGGACAGCUACCUUCUGCCCACCAGUGACAUGUAUGACAAUGGCUCCCUCAACUCCUUGUUUGAGAGCAUUCAUGGAGUGCCGCCCACUCAGCGCUGGCAGCCAGACAGCACCUUCAAAGAUGACGCACAGGAGUCACUACUCUUCCCAGAUAUCCUGAAAGCAUCUCCGGAACCCCCAUGCCCAGAGGACUAUCCCAGCCCCAAGAGUGAUUUUGAGUAUACCUUGGGCUCCCCCAAAGCCAUCCACAUCAAAUCUGGCGAGUCGCCCAUGGCUUACCUCAACAAGGGCCAAUUCUACCCCGUCACCCUGCGCACCCCAGCAGGCGGCAAAGGCCUUGCCUUAUCCUCCAAUAAAGUCAAGAGUGUGGUGAUGGUUGUCUUCGACAAUGAGAAGGUCCCUAUAGAGCAGCUGCGUUUCUGGAAGCAUUGGCAUUCCCGGCAACCCACUGCCAAGCAGCGGGUCAUUGAUGUGGCGGAUUGCAAAGAGAACUUCAACACAGUACAGCACAUCGAGGAGGUGGCCUACAACGCGCUGUCCUUCGUGUGGAAUGUCCACGAGGAGGCCAAGGUGUUUAUCGGUGUCAACUGCCUCAGCACAGACUUCUCCUCACAGAAGGGGGUGAAGGGCGUCCCCCUCAACCUACAGAUUGAUACCUAUGACUGUGGCUCAGGCACCGAGCGCCUGGUGCACCGUGCCGUCUGCCAGAUCAAGAUCUUUUGUGACAAGGGAGCUGAGAGGAAGAUGCGGGAUGAUGAGCGGAAGCAAUUCCGGAGGAAGGUCAAGUGCCCAGAUUCCAGCAGCAGUGGCAUCAAGGGCUGCCUGCUGUCGGGCUUCAGGGGCAAUGAGACCACCUACCUGCGGCCUGAAGCUGACCUAGAGACCCCACCUGUGUUGUUCAUCCCCAAUGUGCAUUUCUCCAGCUUGCAGCGACCUGGAGGGGUGGUGCCCUCAGCAGGACCGGGCAGCUCCAACAGGCUGCCCCUGAAGCGCACCUGCUCCCCAUUUGCUGAGGAGUUCGAGCCUCUGCCCUCCAAACAGGCCAAAGAAGAUGAUCUCCAGAGAGUUCUAUUAUACGUGAGGAGGGAGACUGAGGAGGUCUUUGAUGCCCUUAUGUUGAAGACUCCGGACCUCAAGGGCCUGAGAAAUGCGAUCUCUGAGAAGUAUGGCUUCCCGGAAGAGAACAUAUACAGGGUCUAUAAGAGAUGCAAGCGGGGAAUCUUGGUCAACAUGGACAACAACAUCAUUCAGCAUUAUAGCAACCACGUCGCUUUCCUGCUGGACAUGGGGGAACUUGAUGGCAAAAUUCAGAUCAUCCUUAAAGAGCUGUAGGGUCCAAAUC